GCAUUUGGUUGGUGAAAUGUGAUAUGACUUGGAGAGUUAAAAUAUGGAGCGGAUUUCCUCCAAAUUCGUCCACAUUUUGUUAUUGUCAGAGCAUCUUAGAUCACGACUUCAUGCUGAAAGAAACCCUGAAAUGAUCAAAGAUCGAAGAUACCAUUUACGGAUGUACCAGUGUUGUUUAGUGGGGAAAGAUUUAGUGGAUUGGCUCGUAAAACAUGGCGAAGCUUGCAAUCGAUUCGUUGCCGUGCAAUGCAUGUGUGUUCUUCAAGAAAGCAAUCUCCUCCAUCAUGUUUGUGAUGAUCAUAUGUUCAAAGAUGAGAUGCUAUUUUACCGUUUUCGCCUUGAUGAUAACACUAUGCCUAUUACACGUGACAUUGAACUGGUACUCAAGGGUUAUGAUAUAUCUCAAAGAAUUAAGUCAGAUGAUGUUAACAUGGUAAAGAACCAGGAGUGUGAAGAUUAUGUGUACCGUAGUUGUUUUACUGGUAGUGCUUUAGUAGACUGGAUGGUAGAGGUUCAUCAAACCAAUGACAGGUUUGAAGCUGUUAUGCUGGGAAGAGAGCUACUGGAACUAGGCCUCAUGAAACAUGUGACAGACGACCACCACUUUAAAGAUGACAGCAACCUUCAUUUUCAAUUUGUCAUUGAUAAGAUUAUAUCUAAGAAGUUAUUGGAUGCUCUGGCAUUGCUUAACUGCAGUGGACUGACCAUUGCACCCACUGGCUCACCACUCCUGACCAGAAAGACAUUGGCAUCCAACAAGAAAAAUGCUGUUCCACCUCUUACGCUGCCUAAGCGUUCUGUCCCAGUGCCUCUCAAUGGUAGAUAUGUAUAUAAUCCAGAAAGUCCAGAGAUUUCUCCUAGUAAUAGCAGUCCUGAUAAUACGUCACCUAGACCAGUCAUUGUAAGAGAGAUCACAGUGGAUGAACUAUUGGACUCUACUGGUCCCUAUGCUAUGAAGACAAUCAGGAUAAUGAGUGAUUCAGUUGGUUUUGGCUUUGUUGUCCGUGGACAGGAGCCAGUAUAUGUACAGACCGUCGACCCUGAAGGACCAGCCGCUGCCGCUGGAUUGAGAGUAAGAAUGUUUAUUCACUCUGUCAAUGGUAAAGAUGUUCUUCAUUGGUCUCACAAAGAGGUCGCUAAGGAAAUCAUGAGAGGACGAAAUGUUGUCGACCUUGUAGUAAUGACGCACUUCAGAGGUUCGUGAUACUUGUAGCCUUUGCCUUCGCGUAUUAUGACGAAUUGAUGAAAGGUUGACGAUAAGCGAUAGCUACAUGUGUAUUUUUUUUUCUACGUAUUUUGCCUCAGCUGAUUUUUCUUGUUCAUUCAUAAGAAAGUAAGUUAAUAGUGUAUUUCCAACUAAACAAAUAUAGUACAUUACAAAGUCAACUUCAGGCGAAGUCUUUCCUGUGUAUUUUCGACACUUUCUUCACAAUUACGUGUGAAUCAUUCACUUUGCGCAAUAUGUAACUUGAACGACUGUAUAUUUACUUCCAGACAAAAUUAUUUUGAAAUAUUUUUUGGAUAUACUUGUGAAUAGAGGCUGGUCCUCCUCUUUCCUCUUUUUUUUUUUUUUUUUGAUUUGGUUGUUUUCAAUAUUUCUUUUACUUGUAGUAGAUUAAUUUAGAAUUUUCAAAUUUCCAAGUUUAUUUGCAUAUUGUUGUACAUAAAUUUAAAAUUGUAAUAUAUAUUAUAUUAAUUGAAAAAGGUGUAUGAUCUGUAGUUUACUAUGAAUAGAUGAGGUGACGGUUUCGGCCACCAUUUUGUUCCGGUAGGCGAAGUUUCGCAAAAUAACAAGGAAUGACCGGGAAAUCGAUGUCAAAUAAUUCUCGCUGAAUUCAAAUUCAGAAAGAAUUAUCAAUUGCAAACGUUAGAUACCUCAAAAAGGAGUUAACGGGCAAAA